AUACUUCCCGAACGAAACUCCGGCGGCGGCAAAAUCUCCGAAUGACUCCCAGCUACGGCCGCACGGCGGCGGCCUUCCUUCUCCUCCUCCUCCUUGGCUCCGGCUCCGGAGCCGGCGCCGCCUUCCCGAGACAAAGCACCUUCCUCAACUAUGUGAACCAAUUUUUGGGUCCCCAAAACGCAGCCCGCUCCGCUCUGCGAAUGAGACCACUGCUGUGGGACGCCAAGCUGGCUCGCUACGCGGAAUGGUAUGCUAACCAGCGGCGUGUCGACUGUGCGUUGAAGCAUUCGAAUGGACCGUACGGGGAGAACAUUUUCUGGGGCAGCGGUGACGGGUGGACGCCGGCUCAGGCCGCGGCGGCGUGGGUGGCGGAGUGGCGGUGGUACAACUACUGGUCCAACUCGUGUUCUGGCGGGAGGGACUGCGGACACUAUACGCAGAUUGUGUGGAGCACGACGAGGCGGAUCGGGUGCGCAAGAGUGAAGUGUUUUGGCGGGAGGGGAGUGUUCAUGACUUGCAACUAUGAUCCUCCUGGAAACUAUAUCGGAGAGAGGCCCUACUGAUCGGCGAUUUCAUCGGAUCAUCUGUUUUCGGACCGAAUUUAUUUUACAUUGGAAUGACAUAUAUAUAUAUAUAUAAGGUUUUCAGCAUUGAAGAGGGGAAUUUUGGUAGUUGGGCGGUUCAUAAAUGUUAAUGGUACUGACAAUAUUGUCAUUAUUAUCUACUUACACAAAGCCUGUGUGCUCAAUUUGUUGUUUCUACCUGAACUUGGAAUUGUCAAAAAAAAAAAGAAGAAGAAGAAGAAGAAGAGAAGGAUGUGUGGCCUGCCAAAUGGCUGGUACUUCUAUUAUAAUAAUAAAAACAAGAUGACUUUUGUUUGUGUUUUUUUCUC